AAAACAUUGUGUUGCUGCCGAAGACAUGCUUAUCAAGUAAAAACAGUACUUAAAAUUUUCUAGUCCAGUUAACAAACAAACAAGCAAAUAAUUAAAGAAGGCGCAUGCAAGCGGGAAUUCACUUUCAUUUCCACAUUUAAACAGACUCAAAUGAUUGUAGCUUUAUUGUUAAUUAAACCAAUGAUUUUUAACUGAUUAUAAUUUCGAGGCAUUUGAACUGUCUCCUCCUCCGAAAAAAGCUUGUUAAGCUAAUGCCAUAUCAUUCAAAAUGUUCCUAUACAAGGUUGUUUGCCAGAGAGUGCGCCAGUCGAACUGUCUGCAGUAAAGCGCUAAUUAUUGAAGAGAUUGUGGAUUUAGACAUAAAUAUGGCAUUCUGUAGAUUGUCGGGCGGUCUCAUAGCGACGGUAAGUUCGCGCGAAAAUUGCGCAUAGAAUUCCAUACAAUGCAGAGCAAUAAAUGUUAAUUUGCCUCCCGUUUUUUCCGCAGUAUUUAAAAUCAUCGCAUGCUAAAAAAAAAAAAAAUGAAAAGCCGACGAGAGUACGAGGAAGAAAACAUUGUCAAAACAAAAACAACCCGCUACGGCGAAUCGGUUCGUUUGAGCACGCAUGCCCCUGAGAGCCUUAAAAUAUGCUAGCAGACCUUGCCGCUAUAACCAAAUGUUUUGGACAAUAUAAUCUCUAUACAUGCAUUAUACUCCACUAGCAAAACCAAAACACUGCAAGUAUGGUUAAGACUCUGCAUAGGCCAUCGCAAAGAAACCCUCGACUCUUUUUAGAUAGGAGAUCGCCGAAUUACACUCUUAUCUUUUUAAGCCAAUAUUGAUAACACGAAUGUUGCUUAGACAGUUACAAAAGGCUCGCUAAUACUAAAAAAAAAACUAACAGGGAAGUGUGAAAAAAUAGAAGUAAUUUUGCCGAGGGCUAGAUCGAGCCAGCGUGGAUAGACCAGUCACAGCUAGCAGGUGCAUGCUACCGCCCGUGAUUGACAGAUUCGGUUGUUACCUAGCAUACUAUUGGCUUCCUCGGGCAAUCACCGCUUAUUUUAAUUCUCAUUCUGACUAGGUCAUCGCCAACCCGUGUUUUACUGUAAUAGUACUCCUCCGAACAAAGCUAUCUCGAUGGUGCUAUGGAGAGCAGCUUUAGCGCGAGGGACGUGCCCUGCCGGGAUCGUGCUUACAUGUGCCAAGCGCUGGUGAUGAAACUGCGAAAGUCUACCUUUGGUCAAUAAACGCGUUUUAAGCACCGCCGCACUGACAUGUGGACUGCUUUUACACGAGGGACGGGUUACAGUGAAUAAUGCCAAUGCGAAGAGGCCGAUUCGCCCCACAGAAUACAUUCCUGGAGACUAUCGCGCAGAAAUUCGACCAUGGAAAUAGUAACUUCGUGCUGGGAAGUGCACAAGAGAAGAACAACUACCCUAUCGUGUAUUGUAGCGAUGGCUUCUGUGAACUCACUGGGUUUACUAGAACAGAGCUCAUGCGAAGAACAUGCGCAUGUAAUUUCCUCUACGGACUUGAAACUAAUCAGGAGGACGUGAGAAAUAUACAAAACGCUCUGAAGACGCAAAAAGAAUUGAAAAAAGAAGUCAUUUUCUACAGAAAGAAUGGCUCCCAUUUUUUCUGCCUGCUGGACAUUGUCCCGAUUAAAAAUGAGAAAGGAACAGUGGUGUUAUUCUUGGUCUCGCAUAAGGACGUCACGAAGCGCAAACAGAGCGGAGAGGCUACCCAUGAUCGCGACGAGAACGCAAGCAGUCGGACGGGGCCUGGGGAGAGAAAGCUGACCCGUUCACGGUCACGCAAGUUCAGUCGGGAUGUGUUACUUCAUCUGUCACGCCAGUAUCAGCAGUCCAACAGCGCGACAAAGCCGCAGUCACGCAGGCCCACAAAGAGAUCACGGUCGUUCUCCUUCACAUCUGAGCGCCUACCAUUGUACAAGAGGGAAACCACUAAGAAGUCCAAGCUAUUGUUCUUACACUACAGCAACGUGAAAAGCCUCUGGGAUUGGUGGGUGCUGAUCUUGACUUUCUACAUCGCCAUCAUGGUCCCAUACAACGUAGCGUUCAGCAGGCACGGCAAGGCUAGGGACCUAAUCAUAGUGGACAUGGUUAUAGAACUCUUCUUUAUUUUGGACAUAGUGGUCCACUUUCGGACGACUUUUGUGAACAAGGCUGGACGGAUCGUUUACGAACAGAAAGCCAUCGCAAUUCACUAUCUCAAGGGUUGGUUUAUACUGGAUUUCCUGGCCGCCCUACCAUUCGAAGCGUUAUACUUUAUCAACAAGUCAUGGGAGUAUUCAGCAUUCACUAACCAGAGCUCGGCAUACAAAGAGGGGUUCUUAGUGCAAUUACUCAAGUGUGGUCGCCUAUUGCGCCUGUUUCGCGUCGUCCGAAAGCUUCACCGGUAUACGGAAUACAGCACAGUGUUACUCACGCUAUUAAUGUUAGCCUUUGCGAUGGUCGCCCACUGGCUGGCAUGUAUCUGGUAUGUGAUUGGUCUAGAAGAAGUUAGCCACAACUCCACCAUUAGCUGGCUUUACCAGUUUGGCGAGACUAUUCAGAUGCCUUUUAUCGCAUUCUCCCCGGACACAGGACCGGACGAGGGCUCUGCUUACGUCACUGCGCUCUACUUCAUUCUCACAAGUAUGACGACUGUCGGUUUCGGCAACGUGUCGGCUAACACCCGAGCUGAAAAGGCGUUCGCGGUUGUCGUCAUGUUAAUAGGAGCAUUGAUGCACGCUGCUAUCUUUGGCAACGUUGCUGCGAUCAUUCAGAAGCUAUAUGCAAACCGAGUGCGUUAUCAUUCCCGCUCUAACGAGAUCAAGCAGUUCAUUCGGGUUCACCACAUCGAGGCAGAUCUUGCUAAUAGGCUCGAGGACUGUUUUCACACCACAUGGUCGCUCUCAGGAGGAGUCGAUACACGAGAGAUAUUGACGACGUUUCCGUACGAGCUCCAGGCUGACGUCUGUAUGCAUCUCUACCGAGGACUUCUCGAUCUCCCGGUGUUUUCUCAAGCCCCGCGCGGCCUAUUCCGGAUGGUCUCGCUCAAGGUCAGCCCGGUCUAUAUCGGUCCUGGAGAAUACCUGCUUACACAGAAUGAUGUCAUCAACAGCAUAUAUUACAUCGCCAGCGGUUCCAUGGAGGUUCUUCAGGGCGAAUCGGUUGCUGCAAUAUUAGGGAAAGGAGACUUAUUUGGAGAGGACAUAUCUCGCAAGUCACCGAUUCGCCGAUCCAAUGGUGACGUCAGGGCGCUGACGUACUGUGACGUGUAUUACAUCACACGUGACAAGCUACAGGAGGUGAUGCACCUAUAUCCAGACUUCAGUUACAAGUUCAGCGAGAAGCUGGAGCUCACAUACGACUUAGGUGCCAGUGAGAAAGACAUUUGGCGCCGAGGUGGCCUGGACUCAAUAUCAGAAGAUGAGGAAGAGGACGAGGACGAGGCGACGUCACCAGAAACCGACAAAGAAAAUCCCGUCACAUCCCCUACUAGGACAAGAUUCGACUUCAGCCCCAAGCUGAACAUGCUAUCCCGGCGCCGCAGUAACCCUCUGAGAUUUGCUAACGAGUCUUUGUGCACGAACAAGGUGCAGAACCGUAGGCCAAAUAGUCUCACGAUAUCCAAUCGAAGGCCUCAAGAGACACAACCUCUUUUGAAUGCCACGCCCACGCGGCUUGGUUCCCAUGGUGACAUGAAUGAAGAGGUUGGUCAGGAGGAUAGUGAAGAAACAGCGCUUGAAUGGGAACAAGAAAACUUCACCUUGAAGAAAGAGGAACCCGUGGAAAAGGGUAUGGAAUGUACCCAAAAUCUGACUCUUGCGGUUAGCGGUGAGAUCACGCCUUCGGCCAUUGACAGGACGGGUCGCUUGGAAACAGACAUGGGAAUUGAUAGUUUACAGUCUCGCAAUGCGGACGAGACAGAAUCGAGUUUAAGGCUUGAUAGAGAUUCCUUCAUAAAACAGCUGCACCUCAGCACGGACGAGAUGGGAAACAGAAUGAGUCGGAACACUAGCUUGGGUGAUUUGGAAGAGGCAGAAGAAUGCAGAAACGACGACGGCGAUAAGGAAUCAUCCACGGAGGAUGAACCUUUGCUUGAUUCUAUGAACUCGAGUCUGCGCAAAAAGAGAAGACCGCAAUUCACGCGGUCGCAGGCCUAUAGCACGCCAACACCGAGACUUGUGAGGCAGAUUUGUGCGUCACCAGGGGGGAGUAGCACCAGGUCGUCCAAGGGGGUCUUGUUAGGAGACGUAAGACGGACGUUUAGUUGUGGUGCUCAGGAGUCGAGUGAGGAACACACAGCGAAGUAUAGGAACAAUGACUCUCCGACAAGUGGACGAGGGUACGCCGAUAACUUAACGAGCGAUCACCGAGAGCAUAAUCGUUUACUCAUUGAACCAGAAGAUUUUGAUUGCGACUUUCCACCGAUCAAUAAUCUAACCUUAGUAAGUGACCGAUCAAUACAGGACACAUUAGAACUAAAGGGUCUAGACAGCGGCUGUAGUACGCCUAGACGGAAAAGAAGUAUUUCGCCCGGGUGCGAAAGCCCUUAUAUGAGUAAACUUUUUGCGUACACACCACCUCCUCAUGAAAGUACCGAGUAUGGCCAUAAUUCCCACGAGGAUGUAAACGAUCUCAGCUACACCACUUUGAACGACGCACCCCGGCAUUCUUAUUAUGAGAACCAAACGCCGGUAGUUUCAUCCCCAGCACCCCCCGAAGACAAGCCUCCCGCGAGAAGACGUAAAGUGUCUGCAGUGGCUCCGCCACCAGCAAUAUUCGCGUCUCUUCUAUCCCAGGCGUCUAGUCCCUAUGCAGAUUUCACUCCACCGCAAAUUGUGCGCGAGUCGCCGAUAACAUGUGACUGCGGCGAGGAUGAAACCUGUGUUGCAUGCCGGGGUGAGAAACACAGUGAUAGUACGCAUGCGCUGGAGGAUCAUACCACCUACUCGACAGCAUCUUCAUCACGUAGGUUCUCCCGGGGCUCGAGUGAAAACUUGAGUAAGUCAGGCUCCGUGACAAGUAGCACAGAAUCCAUCUCACGAGGACUGCAUUAUUCUUUAAGUUUUCGAAGAAAUGCUGACCUUAAUCGAACUAAUGCUCUCCAAGAGCCAAGUGAUGACUUGAGAAUUUCCACGGAAGGCUUAACUACAGGGUAUAUUUUAAAUGGAAAUAUCAUAUCACCUGAAGAAGGAAGCAUUCAUAAUGACACCGCUGACAUGUAUCUAGCUAAUCACAACGAAGCAUACCAAAGUCCUUGUGCCUCAGGCAGAGAUGAUCCUCUCAUCGACGCAAUGUGCCGCUUGGAGGGGUUUUCACAUGGCGAAUCGGCCACUAUCAACCGCGCGUUUUCAAAUGAUAGAAUUCCGAGUACGCAUGCGCCGAAUGUUGCGCCAUCCAGUGAGGGCGCGGCGGGGGAAGUAGAUUUUUGUCUGAGGCUUGGGUCGAGUGCAAUAUCAGACUCUGAGGAGAUUUGUACCGGACCUGAAAAUAAUGACUCAAAAAGACCCGGAACUGGACUAAACCUACCAUUCUUCGACGGUGGUACUAAAAUGGGAUGCAAUCAGUAUUUAUACAAUGACCAUCUCCUUACAGUACAAGACUCAUUUACCAACACAAGCGACAUUUCGUCACAGUCAUCUCUUUCGUUCUCACCCGUGACAUCUAUCAGGUCUUCCGCUAUUAAAAGUAUACGAUCCAUGGAUAACGUAACAACAGACGAUCUUCCACAGCGCUAUAAAGAAUCCCUAAACACACACCCCGUCAGAAAGCCCAAACUAUCAGGAGAACUCUCGACAUGCUCGCUACAGUCUCUAACGGAUAACACCACCGCCGAACGACCAAUCAGGAUCAGUUUCUCAGAGCCUCACUUGCAUACUAAGUAUUUGGGGGAAUUGCCUAUUACUGAAAAUGAACAGUACGGUGACGACCAGUUGGAAGAUAUUUUCAAAGAUGUAGUUAGUACAAAGGAGGCAAUGGAGAGACUCCAAGUGAUCUUAAACUCACCCGAGCCAGAUCUGUGCUCGGAGCUUACAGAUACGAAGGAAACAGUGAAGAGGUUAGACAGACAAGUGGUGAAUUUAAACCAGGACGUUGCCUCGCUUAGCCGAGACGUAAAAACCGUACUGGAAAUGCUUAAAGGAUUUAGGAAUGGACAAGUAGAGCCAAGGUUUUAGCAUAGGCUCUUGUGAUUGUAUGUUGCGUUCACAUUAGUAACGAAAUGUUUACUCUGAACAUGAAUCAAGAUUUACCGUUGCCAGAUGUUAUAAGGAAUUGCCGGUGUUAGUGUGAACGCAGCACUUGACAUGAAACAUGGCAAUUCAGGGCAGUUGAGGAUAGUCAUGGUUAUCACUUUCUACACUUGAAGGAAUUAUAUGAGUGAACUUAAGACGCUUCUGCAUGACCCACGGCAACCAGAAGUGGAGGACUUUUGUUCUUGACGCCAACAGGCUUCUAGUGUAAGUAAGUUAGUUAACGAGGCCGAUAUGUCUUCACAACGAUCGAGAAAGUUGAACUUCCGGUAGCCGCCGGUUUUGAGGUUUUUUAAGUUCCCUAAGACAUUUAGGGCUUCAGAUCAGACCAGUUUAGGACGGCAAAAUGUUUAGGUGAUGACUAACAUUUCGAUUAUCUUCUCGAGUCGUAUAGUACUCUUCGAGUUCGAAUGAUGUGUUUGAAGAUUAUGUAGAUAUAAUUGCUAUUACAAAAACUGUACAUAUCCUAUUUGUACAAAUAAAAUUAUUUAUGAUCUUCUA